UGUCGCUGGGCUAUGGGUGCCCAGGGACCCAACGGGCACCUGCCUCCCCACCCCCUCAGCCAUUCUCUCUCUCUGGGGCCCUAUCUUCCCUUAUAUGGCGAAGGCAGUUCCUAGAGGAGGGGGGUGAGGACAAAGGUCGCUCUCUUGCAGUGAACUCGCCACAACUCCCUGAGAUCUCCCAGGUGGCGGAAGUCUCCUCUGACAGGCUCCUCCACCAUGACGGAACUGAGCUCCCAAAUAAAAAGAUCUCUCAACAUCACCACCCCUGGCAUACAGAUAUGGAGGAUCGAGGCCAUGCAGAUGGUGCCUGUUCCCUCCAGCACCUUUGGGAGCUUCUACGACGGUGACUGCUAUGUGGUCCUGGCUAUCCACAAGACUGGAAGCAACCUGACCUACGAUAUCCACUACUGGAUUGGCCAGAACUCAUCCCAGGAUGAGCAGGGGGCGGCCGCCAUCUACACCACACAGAUGGACGACUUCCUGAAGGGCCGGGCUGUCCAGCACCGAGAGGUCCAGGGCAAUGAGAGCGAGACCUUCCGUGGCUACUUCAAGAAGGGCCUUGUGAUCCAGAAAGGGGGCGUGGCUUCCGGCAUGAAGCACGUGGAGACCAACUCCAGCAACGUCCAGCGGCUGCUGCAUGUCAAGGGCAAGAGGAAUGUGGUGGCUGGAGAGGUGGAGAUGUCCUGGAAGAGCUUCAACCGAGGGGACGUUUUCCUGCUGGAUCUCGGCAAGCUCAUCAUCCAGUGGAAUGGUCCUGAGAGUAACCGCAUGGAGAGACUCAGGGGUAUGACCCUGGCCAAGGAGAUCCGAGACCAGGAGCGCGGUGGGCGCACCCAUGUGGGUGUGGUAGAGGGGGAGAACGAGGAGGACAGCCCGCAGCUGAUGGAGGUGAUGAACUACGUGCUCGGCAAGCGCACAGAGCUGAAGGCAGCCAUCCCAGACACAGUGGUGGAGCCCGCACUCAAGGCCGCCCUCAAGUUGUACCAUGUGUCUGACUCAGAGGGAAAGAUGGUGGUUAGGGAAGUUGCCACACGGCCACUCACACAGGACCUCCUCAGCCAUGAGGACUGUUUCAUCCUGGACCAGGGGGGCCAGAAGAUCUUUGUGUGGAAGGGGAAGAAUGCCAAUGCACAGGAGAGGAAGGAAGCCAUGAAUCAGGCCUUGAAUUUCAUCAAAGCCAAGCAGUACCCAGAGAGCACACAGGUGGAGGUGCAGAAUGAUGGGGCGGAGUCAGCUGUCUUCCAGCAGCUCUUCCAGAAGUGGACUGUGCCCAAUCGGACCUCAGGCCUCGGCAAAACCCACACUGUGGGCUCUGUGGCCAAGGUGGAGCAAGUGAAGUUUGAUGCCACAUCCAUGCAUGUGCAGCCCCAGGUGGCUGCCCAGCAGAAGAUGGUGGAUGACGGGAGCGGGGAGGUGCAGGUGUGGCGCAUUGAGGACCUGGAGCUGGUGCCUGUGGAAUCCAAGUGGGUAGGCCACUUCUAUGGAGGUGACUGCUACCUGCUGCUGUACACCUACCUCAUCGGCGAGAAGCAGCACUACCUGCUGUACAUCUGGCAGGGCAGCCAGGCCAGCCAGGAUGAAAUUGCAGCCUCGGCCUAUCAAGCUGUUUUCUUGGACCAGAAGUAUAACGAUGAACCAGUCCAAAUCCACGUCCCCAUGGGCAAGGAGCCACCCCACCUCAUGUCCAUCUUCAAGGGACGCAUGGUGGUCUACCAGGGAGGCACCUCCCGAGCUAACAAAUUGGAGCCUGUGCCCUCCACACGGCUGUUCCAGGUCCGGGGAACAAGCGCCAACAACACCAAGGCCUUUGAGGUCCCAGCCCGGGCUGCCUCCCUCAACUCCAAUGAUGUCUAUGUCCUCAAGACCCCAUCCUGCUGCUACCUGUGGUGUGGGAAGGGCUGUAGCGGGGAUGAGCGGGAGAUGGCCAAGAUGGUGGCUGACACCAUCUCCCCAACGGAGAAGCAAGUGGUGGUAGAGGGGCAGGAGCCAGCCAACUUCUGGAUGGCGCUGGGCGGAAAGGCCCCCUAUGCCAACGCCAAGAGACUGCAGGAGGAAAACAUGGUCAUCUCCCCUCGGCUCUUUGAAUGCUCCAACCAGACCGGGCGCUUCCUGGCCACGGAGAUCCCUGACUUCAAUCAGGAUGACCUGGAGGAGGAUGAUGUGUUUCUGCUGGAUGUGUGGGACCAGAUCUUCUUCUGGAUAGGGAAGAAUUCCAAUGAGGAGGAGAAGAGGGCUGCGGCCACCACUGUGCAGGAGUACAUCAAAACCCAUCCCAGCGGCCGCGACCUCAACACCCCCAUCAUCGUGGUGAAGCAAGAACAUGAGCCCCCCACCUUCACAGGCUGGUUCCUGGCUUGGGAUCCCUUCAAAUGGAGUAAUGCCAAAUCCUAUGAGGACCAGAAGAUGGAGCUUGGAAAUUCUGAGGACUGGAGCCAGAUCACUGCUGAGAUCACAAACCCCAAAGUGGAUGUGUUCACCACCAAAACCAGCUUCACUUCUGGGCCUCUGCCCAUCUUCCCCCUGGAGCAGCUGGUAAACAAGCCUGUGGAGGAGCUCCCCGAGGGCGUGGACCCCAGCAGGAAGGAGGCACACCUGUCUGUUGAAGAUUUUACCAAGGCUUUGGGAAUGACUCCAGCUGCCUUCUCUGCCUUGCCGCGAUGGAAGCAACAAAACCUCAAGAAAGAAAAGGGACUUUUUUAAGAAGCAAGAGUAGUUGUGGUGGUACAGCAGCACCCUACCCUGCUCUCGAGGUUUCAUCGUCAUUACUGGUUUUAGACCUAUGCCAACUGAAGAGAACAUUCCCAGCUGGCCCUGAGGCUGCAGCAUGUGGCAAUGCUGCUUUUGUUUAGUAAUCUACCCACUCCUUCAGAAAGAUGCUCCCCAGGGAGCCUGUGAUCUGAAGUGGGGAGGACCGUUUUUCUUGUGGGAUCACUUCCUUUUAAUCUUGUUAUAAAGCUUCCCCUCCUCAGAGAGGCAGCCCAAUGCUCCCACAUCAGUUCUGAGCCACUCCUCCAUUUUAUCUACAGCAGGGGAGCUGAAGCAUUGAGCAGUCUUGUAUCUUUCCCACAGUAAUGGCCUCUGCUUCACUCACGCUUUCCUCACUACCUUACUCAGGUGCUAAGCUAAAGAGGACCCCUUCUUUGGGGAGUUGAAUGGCUUAGGAGAUUGCUUUCCUGGGUUACACGAUACUCACUAAAUAAUACCUAGUGAGAACAGCACAUCCACUGGUUCUAGGCCUGAGGCCCAAAGCAAAAAGUGAAAUGAAAUGCUAAUAGUUUACCCUCUGUCUCAUUCUAACAAGGCAGGGGCAGUGUAAUCCAGAAGCCUCUGCCAAGCUUCACACUCCUCAGAAGAAAACCAUAGGUACUCAGUGGUAACGAUGGCCUAACAUCAGGCUGCUGCAUGGAAUCCAGGCA